AAAGGAAGGAAACACAUUGACACAGUCCAGUUAAACAUCAUGAAGUGCAUAAACGGAGCCUUUAUCAAAAGUGUGUUUAGUUGUGUGUUUAGUUUGAGCCUGUUCAGACUCUGAGGAUGGGAGCCUCUCUGCUCUGGACACUGCGGUCCAUCUUGUUUUGUGUCGCCGUCUGCAAACAGACAACAGUCCCCACUGUGAGUCCGGGUCAGUUGGAGGUAUUUGUGGGAGAGAGUCUGAGUCUGAUCUGUGAGGUGGAGGGAGCAGACACAGAGUGGACCUAUCACUGGAGCAGGAACAGACUGAACCCACCUCCAAAAACCAGAGAAUACAGAGUGUCCAGAGUGACUGAGUCUGACACAGGAGCCUACAGCUGCAGAGCCCAGAGAGGCCCACACCUCACCACUGUGUGGAGCAGCACCACCACUGUCACUGUACUCAAUGCCAGUAUGAACCUGCAGACUCCAGUCCAGGCUGUGUAUCGGGGAGACUCAGUGACUCUGGUCUGUUCUGGUCCUGCUCAGAGACAGUUACUCUUCUUCAAAAAUAGAUCACCUGUUCAACAUCAGCCUCAGCACAAAUCUACAACAACAGUCCAACUGAAGAUCACAGUGUCAGAAUCAGACGAGGGUCAGUACUCCUGUGGGAUCAAUGAGGAAGUACAGUCACACCCCUGGAGACUCACAGUAACACAAAGUACCCGCAGAGUUGAACUGACUGUGUCAAACACAGAAAUACCAGUAGGGGGCAGUGUGACACUGAGCUGUGAUGUAGAGGAGUGGAAUAAAACACUCUACUGGUUCAGACGAGAACCCGACCCUAGAGUUAAGGCAUAUGAUCUUAGCAAUGUUGAACAAACUCUGAGUGUCUCUCAUGGAGUGUACUUCUGCAGAGGACAGGACAAUUAUUUCACCACAAAUAAAAGUAAUGACGUCACUGUUGUGAACACUGUCCCCACUGUGAGUCCGGGUCAGUUGGAGGUAUUUGUGGGAGAGAGUCUGAGUCUGAUCUGUGAGGUGGAGGGAGCAGACACAGAGUGGACCUAUCACUGGAGCAGGAACAGACUGAACCCACCUCCAACAACCAGAGAAUACAGAGUGUCCAGAGUGACUGAGUCUGACACAGGAGCCUACAGCUGCAGAGCCCAGAGAGGCCCACACCUCACCACUGUGUGGAGCAGCACCACCACUGUCACUGUACUCAACAAACCUCAGGUCACAGUGAGUGGAGCCUCAGAGGUGCCAACAGGGGGCAGUGUGGAGCUGCUCUGCUCUGUCUCUCCACCUUCCUCUGGGUGGAAAUAUGACUGGAGCAGAAAUGAGCAGCUCUUUAAACAGUCUUCAUCUGAGGCACAGGUCUCAGUGUCAGAGGGAGGGGAGUACCAGUGCAGAGCCAGCAGAGGGCGCCCUCCCUACUUCACUGAGCACAGCCUGAAGUUCAGACUCAGAGCCACUGUCCCCAGCCCCUCUGUCUCUGUGGACCCCCCCUGGUCUCAGCUGUUCUCUGGAGAGCAGCUCUCUCUCACCUGUAACGCUCACGGAGCAGACGCUGAGUGGACGUUUGAAUGGAGGAGAUCUGGACAGAGCCUGGAGCACAAACAAAGAGAAAUGACCAUAAGAAGAGCAGCAGUGAAGGACAGAGGGCCCUACAGCUGCAGAGGAGUCCUGCCACACACAGUCACUGAGUGGAGCCGCCCCCUCACACUAAAUGUGUCUGACAGAGCCCCCCGUCCUGUCCUGUCAGCGUCUGUGUCCUGGCUCAGUCCUGGGGCCUCUGUCUCUCUGAGCUGUGCUGUGACAGCGCCCUCUGCAGGAUGGAGUUUUCACUGGUACAGGGCUGUUCCUCAGUCAGAGUCUUACACAUAUGAGCGGCUCCCGGGGGCCAGUGCCGGCUCUAAACAGGACUCCUUCAUCCUCCAGGGCCUCAACCACUCAGCAGCGUUUGUGUGUCGAACAGAAAGAGGAAGUCCCGCCUUCUCCUCUGAACACAGUGACCCCGCCUUUGUCUGGUCUGGAGAUGCUGAGUCUCCAGUGUCUCUCUCGGUCAGUCCUGACAGAGCACAGCACUUCACUUAUGAUGUCAUCACUCUGAGUUGUGGGUUCAACUCCACUGGAGCAGACAGCACAGUCUGGAGGAGGUUUUCUGAUCACAGAUUAUCACAACAGUGUAAGUGGAGUAAAUCUAAAUGUGAGUUUCGUUUAUAUGAGGAAACCAGUGCAGUGUUUUGGUGUGAGUCUGGAUCAGGAGAAAUGAGCAAUGCCGUCAACAUCUCAGUCCACAGGGACAUCAUCCUUAUGAGCCCAGUGAGUGCAGUGACUGAGGGACAGUCUGUGUCUCUCAGCUGUAAACUGAACACAGGGACUUUUACUUCAGUUCAAUUUUAUAAAAAUGGAAAAAUGAUUCAAAAUGGGACUGAACCAGAGCUCAACAUCACUGCAGUGUCCAGGUCUGACCAAGGCUUUUAUAAAUGUGAGGGACAACGGAAACUACGGCCAACACCAAAGACUGUCAUAUCUCCAGAGAGUUGGAUGUCGGUUAAAAGUGCACCCAAAGGCGAGCGCUCUGCUCUUGCUGUGAUGUGGGUGGUUGGACCUGUGUGUGCAGUGGUUUUACUCACAUUACUGCUGCUUCUAUGGCGUUUUUUAAAGACUAAAGACUUGUGCUUUCUGAGGACCAAUCAGAGCUCUGCUGAAGAUCAUGUGACCAGCAAUGACCACACCUCCUCUCCAAAUGGUAAUGUGUGA